UCCUCUUUGAACCGUUGCCUUUUCCUCGCCCAGCAGGGCAAUUUCAGUUUGUUGAGACUGAAUACAAUUGAAAGCAACGCACACCCCAGAGAGAAAUGAUGGCUAAGAAGCCCCCCAAACCAGCACCUCGAAGAAUCUUCCAGGAAAGGCUGAAGAUUACUGCUCUGCCCUUGUAUUUUGAAGGAUUUUUAUUAGUCAAACGGUCAGAAUACCAGGAGUAUAAACAUUAUUGGACAGAAUUGAGAGGAAGUACACUUUUCUUUUACACCGACAAAAAAAGUACAAUAUAUGUUGACAAAUUAGACAUAAUAGACCUCGUAUGCCUUACUGAUAAAACUUCAACUGAAAAGAAUUGUGCAAAAUUCACCCUUGUUUUGCCAGAAGAGGAAGUUCAAUUGAAGACAGAGAACACAGAAAGCGGGGAAGAGUGGAGAGGCUUUAUUCUUACAGUAACAGAGCUAUCCGUUCCCCAACAUGUGUCGCUUCUACCUGGGCAAGUAAUUAGACUGCACGAAGUCCUAGAGAGAGAAAAGAAAAGGAGGAUUGGGACCGAGCAACCGCCCUUCGCAUCUGUGGAGAAAGAGAAGGAACCCGUUCCAGAUUAUGGGGCUGUCCGGAAUCCUAUGCCAGCAUGUUUUUAUGAAGUUUCCCGGAAAGAAGCAACCGAGAUGCUGGAGCAGAAUCCGUCGUUGGGAAAUAUGAUUCUGAGGCCUGGUAGUGACAGUAGGAACUACUCCGUCACGGUCCGGCAGGAGACAGAUAUGCCAAGAAUCAAGAACUACAAAGUGAUGAGCAUAGGAAAAAACUACACCAUUGAACUGGAAAAGCCUGUGACACUCCCAAACCUGUUCAGUGUUGUUGAGUAUUUUGUGAAAGAGACUGGAGGAAAUUUAAGACCAUUUAUAUAUGCAACUGAUGAAAACUUUGGUCAAGAACCCAACACAAAAGUGAAAAGUGGGAAGAUGAAGAAAAAUCCAUACAUCGUGUGAAAUAAAAUGUGAAAAUUUACUCAUGUAUCUUGGUAAUUUGUUUUUCAAAAGGAAGAGUUUUGGUUUUAAACAGUUACCUCUAUUCUCCUAAUCUUAAUUUCUGAGUAGUUUGCUUGGGCACCAGAAAUAAUGUAGAAUACAAAUUUAUCAGAAUGAAAGAGAUUCA